AUGCGAUGGGUAAACAGACCUCCCAUCCUUACCCAGAAGUCGGAUAUAGAAGUUAUUAGUCUUCCGACGCUAAACAUCCUCUUAGUGUUUGACGCAUUGCUGUAUAUCCUGACAGGGCUUGUGGCAGGAUUCACAGCGAUUCACUCCCAGUCUGUAAACCUAGUGGAUGCUCCACAACAAACCGAAAUACUCAAGGUCCUGGCGAAUUGUUGUGGGUUGUCAGAGCCUAAAGCUCUUCAUCGUGUCAAUCUCACGGGAGAAGCAGUGUGCAACGAUGGGUCUCCGGCCGGAUAUUAUAUAAGGCAUUCCCAUGGGAGCAGAAGAUGGAUCGUAUUUCUUGAAGGGGGUUGGUACUGCUAUGAUCAGAGGAGUUGUCACAACCGAUGGCAUCGCAUGAACCAUCUCAUGUCUUCCAAGCAAUGGCCUGACACCAGAAAUGUCGGAGGUUUGUUAUCACCAAACCCGGAGGAAAAUCCUUACUGGUGGAACGCUAACCAUGUGUUUGUCCCAUAUUGCUCCAGUGAUGUCUGGAGUGGCCAGCACAGAGCCUCUCAAAGUGACUCCCAGUUUAGCUUCAUGGGAUCUGUCAUAGUACAAGAGGUCAUCAAGGACCUUUUGACCCGAGGGCUGGAGUCAGCAUCCUCUCUCUUAUUGGCUGGUAGCAGUGCUGGAGGCAUGGGAGUGAUGUUGAACCUAGACCCUGUGAAGGCAGCUCUCCGGGGACACAAGCACAUAGCUCUCCGAGGAGUCUCGGAUUCCGGGUGGUUCCUGGACCGCCCUCCAUACACCCGGGAUGGGGAGGGCUUAGCCCCUGUGGACGCCCUUAAGCGGGGCAUCCUUCUCUGGGACGGACAAGUGCCCAGAAAGUGCCAGGAGUACUACGGUCAAGAACCUUGGAGAUGCUACUUUGGCUACAGGCUCUAUCACACCCUCACUACUCCACUGUUUGUUUUUCAAUGGCUGUUUGACGAGGCUCAGAUGACAGCUGAUAAUGUUGGCACUCCUGUCACAAAGCAACAAUGGGACUACAUUCACAAGAUGGGGGACAGCCUGCGGAACACCUUUCAGAAUGUUACGUCCGUGUUUGCGCCAUCUUGCAUCUCUCACUCCGUCUUGACCAAGAGGGACUGGCGAGUUUUGCGGAUUGACGAUGUUACGUUGCCUCAAGCUCUGCGAUGUUGGGAACUACAGAUACAGUUCCCAGACAUAUCAUUCCGCAAGAAGGAUAGUUCAGUCAGUAUGCUGUCUGACUCACCGCUGCAUGUCAGUAAAUCUGCUAGAAACCUCACCAGAUCUGCCGGCCCUCAAACUACGCAGCGCAAACGCAGACGUAGAAAAAACAAAAACAAAAAUAGAGGAAAGAAACGCAAAGAGAGGAAGGGUAACCGCAUGCGUCCGCAGCGUUCUACCGCAGUCCCCAGAGAGCAGGCUUGCCAACAUCGGCUGAUAGAGCGAUGCUCCUGGCCUCAGUGUAACCACUCUUGUCCCAAGCUGAGAAAUCCUUUCACAGGAGAAGAAAUGGAUUUUCUGGAGUUGCUGAAAUCGUUCGGUCUAGAUUUGAUGAGUGUUGCUAAUGCUCUGGGGAUUGACAUAAACACUCUGAACAACAUGGACCCUGAAGAACUUCUCAACUUGCUGACCCAGCAAUCCAACUGAAGCUGGGGCAACAUCCACAAUAUACUGA